AUGUCUUCCGAUCUUACUUGGCUCCUCGUCCGAUCCAACUCUAGCUUCAUCGUCAAGAAGCGAGCCCCCGAUGUCAUCCUCUCCAGGGAGCCCGGCAACCUCUUGAACAUCCACGCCCAGGCUUUGUCUCCCCUUGCCAACGACAAGUCCAUCGGCGUUGAUGCCCACGAGAACGGUGUCGCCAUUGUCACCCGUGAUGCCACCAAGAACCCCCGAGGUGUUGCCAAGUCGAUGAAGACCGUCAACUUGAAGAGGGGUACCUCCGCCAGGAAGGCCGCUUCGAUCGCUUCGAACGCUGCUUCCAAGACCAGGCCUGACCUGCGAUCUGCCGCCGUCGCCAGGGCCACCACCCUCGUCAAGAACACCAAGGCUCCCAAGGCCCCCAAGUCCAACCGACGAUCCAAGAAGGCCUCCGCCUAA